AUGCAUUUCUGCCGUCUGCUCAUUUUGUUUGUUUGUUUGCUUUUCCUUUAUUAUUCUUUAUGGCGUGUUUUAUUCCUCUCUUUUUAUUUUUUUUUUUUUUUUCUUUUGUGUUUGCGUGUGUUUUUUUUUUACGCGGCGACGAGUGGGGCUGCGUGUUCCGCGGUGUUGUGCAGCAGGAAAGGGAACGCACCAUCAACGAUGUCGAUGACAGUACCGGAGGUGAUACUCGUGGGCCAAAAGACGCGGUACCGACACUUUGCUCGGGGUCCUAGAGAUUUAUACGCCCCAGAGGAGAUGCUGCCAGACCCACCGCCGCAGCACGUGUGGAGCUACUGCGUGUCGAGGGAGCACAACAACACGGUGUAUUUUCACAACGACGCAAGCGGGAGGUCGUUGUGGGUGCUGCCGUCCCUCGCAUCCGACGGCACAGAGGCAGGCGGUGGCGCGGAGGAAGUCAUGCGGACCGUCGGCUCCGUCGAAUCGGCCUCAGCAGCGCAGAAGCACGUGAAAUUUGGGACGACGGAUGAAAAGAGUCACGAAGCGGCUGCGGUUCGCCGCGCCGUCAUGCGGCAGAGCAUCGAGAAGGCGAUGAGUCAAGCAGAGACGCAAAAGCCGAUAGAGACGGUUCAAAAAAAAACACCCACUGGGUCAGUUGCUGAAAUCCUCAAUAACGAGAAUAGCGACGGCAACGGCAAAGUGAGCGCUUCGCCGGUGCGCGAGAGAUUGGCGGUGUGGCGCGCCAAGCGGGCGCAACAGCAACAACAAAAGGAGCAUGGCGGUCAUGAUCCAGUCACUUCCUCCUACGGAGAAGCUGAAGGAAGCCGCGUGAAUCACGGGUGUCCUGCUUUUUCCGGUCCGAGCACGGCGACCACAAAGAUGACGUCUUCUUUGGACAAUAAAAUACCUUCACAGAUAUCGGAAUGCGUGGCAGCCUCAAAAGGGAGUGAAUUUAAAAAGGGUGGCCAGCCUGCAAAAGAAGUCGGUAAUUUAGAAGAAUCUGUGCAAUGCCAGCAGGAGAAGCAGCAUAAUUCUCUUGAAAGAGAUGUCUAUGAUGAAAGGCGGCGUCUGUUUCUAGAGGCCCAUGAGGAGUUGCAGCGGGAGAAGGCAGCGGCGCUGCAAAAGGAACGCCUCGCACUCGAACAGGUGGCUCGUCUUCAAGAGGCGCAGCGACGUGAGGAGGAGGAACGCACGAGGCUAGCGGCCGAGAGGAAAAGGCUGGAGCAGCAACGGCUAGAGUUGCAGAAGCGGGUCCUUGAGCGCCAACGUGAACUCCUGGCAAAGGUCGAAGAGGAGGCGAUGCAGCGGGAGCUGGCAGCACAAUUAGAUAACUUUUUCGAGAACAAGUCGCGGCUGGAGCAACAGGCGCAGGAAGAGCGUCAACGUGUAUUAUCCUUUGAGGAUGCCAUCGCGGAAUCUCUUUUGGGGAAAGCGGUUAAAAACCACACCACAACUCCAAAGGAGGAGCGAAUUAUCGAUCUUCGCCUUCUCGAGGAAAGCGACGAGGACACGGAGGAGGACAACAACAACAACAAUAACCGGCAUGGCGUUUCGGGGAGGGAAGAAACUCGCAAAAGCCGCAAUUCCAAGGAACGUCAGGAUUUUCUUCAACAAAAGCGCCAAAAAGAACAAAAGCAACAGCGACGUGAGCGCAUCACAUACAGUCCAUCCCUCGUUUAUGUUGGGGAUGUGACGGGUGGAGGAUGCAAGACGCCAGUUUUCUUACAACGUCAAGGACGUGGCACCCUUUUCUACGACACCGCGCAGAAGCAUUUCUUUGACGGUGAGUGGUCCGGCGACAAGAGGAACGGCAGUGGGGCUCUCUCCCUCCCGCACGUUGCUGUGGAGGGAACAUGGCGUGAUGAUGUGCUUGAGGGCAGUGCGACAUUUCAAACCAGGCGGUUAAAGGGAAAAGGGGAGUUCAAACAGGGCGUUCUUGACGGAAAUGCCGUCGUUGAAAUUGACUGCAAUGGCGUUUUUGCUGGGAGUGUUAAGAAAAAUGGGACUGUUGUGGCUUCUGGAGCCGUCACGCUUGCGUCAGGUGAUCACGUGGAGUGGAUAAGAGAUGAAAACAGUAACGAAAACAACAACAACAACAACAGGCAGCAGACGUCAGCACAUUCCAAGAAAUUUAAUAAUGGCUCUGGAAGGUGCCGUAUUCGGUUUGAAAACGGCGACGUGUAUGUUGGUGAAGUUGAGAAUUAUCAACCAAAUGGGGCUGGAACCUACCGCUUUGCCGCAGAGGGUCAAGAGUACGUGGGGAAUUUUCAAAACGGCCGGCUGCAGGGUCGUGGUACAUAUCGUUUUGCCAAUGGAAAUGUGUACAUUGGACAGUUUUACAAGGGGCUCUUUCAUGGGGAAGGACGGUACGUGGAGCAAGACGCAUACACAUAUGAGGGGUUCUGGGAGUACGGUACGGCGCACGGAAGAGGGAAAUUGAUAUUUGCCAAUGGUGACGUCUGGGAAGGAGAAUUUGACCACGACCGGCGUGUCAAUGGACACUACACGGCCUCACGUUUGUUUCAGUUGUAG